UCCAAUGAGCCUCCUCGCCAGUCUGCCUCUUUUAAAGUUCUGCAGGAGAUCCUGGAAACUGGUGAUACAGAUAAACCCUCAGGCUUCAGAAGUGUCAAAGCCCCCACCACAAAAGUUGGAGCCUCCGUUGGGAAUCCUGAAAAUCUCUCUCUUUGUGACAAAUGUGGUUCAGGGAUUGUAGGAUUGAUGGUCAAAGUUCGAGAUAAGUUUCGCCACCCAGAAUGCUUCGUCUGCACAGACUGCGGGAUCAAUCUUAAGCAAAAAGGACACUUUUUUGUCGAGGACAAAAUUUACUGCGAGAAACACGCACGUGAACACGUCACUCCUCCAGAGGGUUAUGAUGUUGUCACUGUUUUUCCAAAGUAGAAUGUUUCCCACGUUCUACUUUAAAACUGCACCUUCCCUUAUGUGGGGAAUUCCUUUGGAAAUCUGUAACACUUUAUUUGGAUAGUCUUUCAGUGAGGCUGCUUUGUUGCCAAUAUGAAUGUUUGUAACAGCUCUUACAUACUCAGACAGAUGUGCAUGGAUAUAAAUAGACUUUGGCAACAGUAAUCAGGAAAUUGUGAUUAGACAUCACCUGAAUAUGUGAAUAUAGUCUAUCCAGAUUAAGUGCUAUUGUUAUCAUACAUUCCAAUGUCCUUGUCAUUCCACACAUUUAUCUCAUUGUAUAAAAGGCUCGUAUUAUUGGUGCUAGGGUAUCUUAAGACCACUUAUUGCAUUUGCAGAUUUUCAAGAAAUGUUUUUCAUCAACUGAUCAUUGAAAUUAUGUAAUCAUGGUUGUAUUCCCCAUGCACACCAGUAUGUAAAAAUCUAUUCUAUGUAUGUACAUUGUCUUUUGGAUUCUCCAUAUUUUUGUAUGAA